CUAUUUUUCUACAUUACCCUCUUUCCUAUCAUUUUCUAGUUAAUUCUCUUGCUACUCUUUAUUUUACUAAAAUGAAGAUUACUGCCUUAGUAGCACUGAUCUCUCUGAUCUCUCAAGGUGCUCUUGGAGUUGUACUCCCUGAACGGUCUAUAGAAACGUCCUUAGAGAAAAGAGGAGGAAUCUUAUGCAGAUGCUUUGCUCCAGGAAGAAACGGUUUUGACGCUAGAGAUACUAGUGCUACAUGCAAAAUGGCAUCUAUAGAUGGGCGUUUUGUAUCACAUCUAGCGGGGUGCUUGGUUAGCAGCUCAGCAGUGAACAAUUUUAUAAGAAACUGUGAUCAUAGUGGAGUGUGUGUGCCUGGUUAGUGCUCUAAGAGCAUUAAGACAGGAGAUUAGCUGUUACAUUAGAUUUACUACUAGUGUAGCACAAGGUACAUAGACUAUGAUGCACACCU